CACACACAGCCAGCCCGGUGCGGUCGCCAUCCGCGGCGGAAAGCCGGGAGCAGAGGAGAGGGGGGCCCACCUCCUCCUGAGCUCCUCUGCCCGCCUCCCGAGCCAAGCCAGUGCGGUCCACUCCUGUCCCGUCGUUUGACUGACCGCGACGAGACCGACCAACCCACCCCCUCGGCCGAAGCGGCAGCGAGCCAGCCAGCCACCACCACCACCAGCCAGCCAUGCUCGCCCGCCGCCGCGGGUGAGGCGAGGCGGGGCUGGGCCCUUCCGAGAGACGCGACGCCGUCCACCGCGCGCGCCGCCGGCAUGGAUCCGGCGUCCGAGGAGCUCGAGCGCCGCACCCGCUACCUCAGCUCGCUCAUCCGCCGCACCAAGCUCGGAGCCGCCCCGGCGCCCGCUCCUCUUCCCGUGCCGGAGCCCGAGGCGGCGGCACCGAACCCUGAGCCGGAGCCGGAGCCCGCCGUCGGGAGGCGCGGGGAAGUCAAGCCUGCGCUGGCGGCGGUGGAAGAGGAGGAGAAGCGGGGGCUCAGAGGGGAGGGCGGCGGCGCCAAGGGGAAAGAGAUCAAGGCGAAAGUUGAGGGGGGUCUCAAGGAGGAGGGCGGCGCCAGGAAGGUGUCGGUGCGGGUGCGGGCGGCCGACAUGGCCCUGCCGCUGCAGCGCCGCGCCGUCCGGCUCGCCUGCGAGGCCAUCGCCGCCAUGCCGCGCCUCGACAGCAAGCGCCUCGCGCUCGCGCUCAAGAAGGAAUUUGACACAGCAUAUGGCCCUGCUUGGCAUUGCAUUGUUGGAACAAGCUUUGGUUCCUAUGUGACUCACUCAUUGGGAGGUUUCUUGUACUUCUCAGUGGACAAGGCCUAUAUUCUUCUCUUCAGAACCGCUGUUGAGCCAUUAGGCCAUCCAUGAUGAGGGGCCAUGAACCAGUCUGCUAGCUAGUGUACUCUGUAUUCCUCAUUUAACUGCAGAAGGUUUAAGGAGAGUAGAGCAAUCAUCGCCCUCCAUGCAAAUAUGUAGGACCCAAUCUGUUCAUCUGUUGUAACCAUCUUCAUGUACUAUGUACUAAUCUGCCAUGUGAACCUUAACAUUAGCUUUCGGGAUGUUACUUGACUCGGUUCUUCAGUGCGAGGGGAAUUUCUUUCGCAUCCUGCAAUGUCCAGUAACCUUGUUCGCUUUGGAAUCAGUAUGAUCUCUGAGCUUGUAACCUGUA